GGCAGAGAAGCAGACGACGUAAGGGACGACACGCUAGUCGUUCAUACCGAGUCGCUCACUCGCUUGCUCAGUACCCGCAGGAAAGUUGUGUGGUGUACUCUGUCGGGGAAUUACGGGGAUGGCUUCCGCAACAAAAUGGAUUUUAUUUGUCUCUUUAUUCGCCAUCUCCUCCUGUACCGAUUUGGUAGCUGUAUACAAACAUGAUAUUCUCCUUUUGCGUGAUGUGGAUAAGACCCCCUUAGGCAGCCCUCCCGUUAGUUGGGAGUCAUACGUUUUGAAAGUUCCAAAGCCUUUCUCCUAUCCAGUUGGAUUGACUUAUGAUCCAAAAGGACGAAGAUUGUUUGUGGCAGAAGCAAUCCAUGAAGACAGCAAGAUUUUCUCUCUUAAUCUGGACGAAGAUUAUAUUGUGAAAAACAUGCAGUCCAUUGUCCGAACAACAAAUAACACCAUAAUGGAGGGAUUGACCUACGAUCCAAGAACAGAGCACUUAUACUGGACUGAUUCUUACAAUCAUGGUGUUUAUAAAACACUGGUAUCCAGUGAACAAAAGGAAAAUCCAGCACCUAAACCUGAACCAGCUCACAUGUUUGGAGGUGUGAUUGAACCUCGAGGAAUAGCCAUAGAUUAUUGCAAUGAAUUGAUGUAUUGGAGUGAACGAGAUGCAUCAGGAAAUGUACCAAGCAGUAUUGAAGUGUGUGAUCUCCAGGGCCCAUCUCACACCGUCCUUGUGCAAGAUAAAGACCAGAAAGUGAAAAUCUUUUACCAGGGCUUGGCUUACGAUAUCCGUGGAGGAAAGCUACUGUGGGCUGAGACAGUUGGAGAUGAUGUUGAACAGAGCUAUUGUAGGAUUAUUAGUUAUGAAUUUGGACAAAAAUUACCAGAGCGAGAAGUUCUUGUUAGCCUCGAAAACUGCUAUCCAUUUUCUUUGACAACUGAUGAAAAGUUCAUUUAUUGGGCUGACUGGGGACAACAGGGAAUAAUGAGAGCAUCUCGCGAGAAUCCUGAUGAUGUUGUAAAACUUGUCCACACUCCUCAGAUUGAUUCUAAAUAUGGAGAGCACCAUGGAGUUUAUGGUCUUGCAAUUUUAGGAGGCCUUACAGAUGAUUCUAUACAGGAAGUUUGCAAAGGAAAAAUUAACUCCCAAAGAAAAGCCAAUGAAGAAGAAGUGGGUGAUUCUGGUGUAUUGACACCACCCAUAAUCCAAGAGCAGACAAAGGAGGAAUUCAAUACCGAACAAAAAUAUCAUAUAAAAAACAAUGAGAAUGACAGCUCAGACAGACAGACAGAAGGGAAGUCAGAAGGACAUUUUGGUGAAGAUCAUCAAGAAGCUGAGGCAGGUCUAUUCACAACUGAUACAACCCAACAGCUGAUAAUGCAGUCACACAUGUGCAGUGAAAAUCAGCUACUCAUUAUCGUUAUAGUUUUGGGUCUCUUUUGCAUUAUAUUCUUCUUGUCAACUUUAGCUCUUGUGUAUAAACUCUGGUUCCAACAUAAAUUAAUGAGCGACAGAAAAGAGCUUCCUGUUACAGUUUCUGAGAGAGCUAUUGAAGCUUUACCACAUCAACCAAAGCGCUUUGGACCCAAGAUCAGACCAGAUUUGAGAGGAGGAGCAUGUAGUGCAGACCACGAUGGUGUUAGCAUCAACAUCGAAGAUUGUUGCCAAAUGACACUAUGUGAUACUCCAUGUUACACCACUGUCAAGAAAGAAGGGCGAGGCUACAAGGUGAAAAGCAAUUGCAGUAAGCCCAAGACAGAUGAUAAAAAGGGAUUACUAGAUGACAUGGAUGACCUCUCAAAUUUGUGAUCUUCUUGGGUAAAGUACUAAGGAAAUAUAAUCCAGUUUUACUCAAGUAAUAUUAUUACAGAAUCUUAUCAAGUAUGGAACUUGGUAGGAAGUGGGCCUUCAAAAUUUUGCCUACACAUUUCAAGUGUAGCCAUAAGGUUAACUUGAAUUAGUACCUGGCAAAUUUGAGAGCAAUUACAAGGAAUCUAUGACAGCUGUUGGUAAAUAUCUUAGCAGAAUGUUGUUAAAUACAUUAUUUUUAAUAUAUGUAUGUACAAGAUGCAGAUGUAGUUUAAAAUGCAAUAAUUGCCAUACUGAACAAAAACUGAAACACUGAAAUUAUUUUUAUGUUAUUGACAAGAAAGACUUCAUGGCAGGUCUUUUGGUAUGAUGAAAGGUUGUCACAAAUUGUUUAUGAUCAUGAAUAAUUGAAUCGUUCAGAAAUCACUCUAUACAUUAUUUGGAUUAUAUUCAUUUUUUUUAGUUGAAACAUGUUCUGCUAUACCAAGAUAAUUCUGAAUUUUCACUUCAGGAUCUUUAGUUGUUUUUUAUAGGUUCUUAAUGAAUUUUAUCCUAAAGAAUCCCCCCAUCUCCCGUGCAGAAAUGUUUUGCUAGUCAUACUUAAACUACUCUAGUAGCUGUGGAUCAGGAAAGAUCUUGAUGUACCACACAAGGAAACCUAGGUACCAGUGAAGUAAUGAAUACCAUUCUCCAAGUAAAUUUUUUAAACCAGAGGCUGUAAAUUUAAUGACUGGAUAUAAACUAACCAGGUUGCAAUUAAUCUUUGAUAUCUGUACAGGUAAUGUUUUAUAAAUUGAUGUUUUAACACCAUUUUAAGUAGAUAAAAGUAGCCAGAGCUCUAUGCACCUUGAGGAUUGAUAGUCAUUGUAUCAGUUUAGUCUAUCAGUAUCUAAAGUAUACUGGAGUUGAUACUGAAAAGGUUAUGACACAUCACUGUCUAUGAGAAUAACAUUUACUUGCAAAUGUAUAUUACUUAUAUCUGUUAGCAGAUCUACAUCAACUUCAAUUUUUUUUUCACCAGGAAAUAAACCAGUAAACCAAUUUUUGCAAGGUUAAAAUUAGCAUUUCAGGUGAUAUACAGAUAAAUUAGGAAGGAAUUGGUGGAAGGGAAGACAGAAUUAAGAGAAAUAAGGGAAAUAGGAAUAUGAAUAGAAUAAUAUUGGGAAUUUUAUAUUCAGUUUGAAAAACGGAUAGAGAAUACUCUAAGUAUGUGAACAAAUACAUAUGCGAAACAUAUGAAUUAAAAUAUACAAUUAAGCUGUUGUUUACAUGCUGCAUUGCAGAGCAGCAUACUUGUAUAUUAUCCAGAAAACUUUAGCUUGAAAUAGGUUGCUGGUUGUACCAUGCUUGGAUAAGUUCUGUAUUGCUUUGGUUAAUUCUAAAUGAUGUCUAGAAGAAAUCAGUGCAUAUUUUCAAGUAAUGUAAUAAUUAUUAUUGUAGAGAUUACUUAGUUAAUUUUUUAGUUUACUGCACAUGUAUUCUUUUCUAUCAAACCGCACAAAUCUAACCAUGUUUUAGACUGGCCCUUUUCUGACUGUGCAUUGGUAAAUAUUUGCACAUGUUAGUCCUGUCACUUACAAAAGAUACCUUGUUGUAACAGCAGUUUAUGGUCGGAUAGGGUGUACAUAUUUUACAUAACCGUGUAAACAUGUAGUCUUCAGUUUUCUGUCACUUAAAAAUUGUUAAUCAUAAAGGAACCAUAAUGAUUACUUUCCAGUCAUUAAACAGAAUUACAGCACAUAUAUACUUUUGAUAUAGUAUAUAUCACUAAAAACAUAUCUAGUUUUCACUUCUUUUGGCCAAUUGGUCUUAAAUAAAUAAUCUUGCUCAGUCAGGUUUCCAAACAGAAAUGAGUUGCUCAAGCUCAAGUUUUAAACUCCAUGUAUUUACUCUCAAGGAAGUGGUUUUACUCUAUAAUGACACAUCAGGGAUUUUUUUCUGAUCAUAUUGCAUUGAAACGAUACAUUUCAUCAAAAAAAUUAUACAUUUGUGAGGUUCAAAAUAUGAACAUUGGAGAAGCAAAGUUCUUCCAAGUUUUAUUCUUACUGGUACCAUGUAUUAUUUGCCUACCUAAUAAUUACCAGCUCCUUGCAGGGGCUUCUUUAAAUAGUAGUGUAUUCUGAACUGGACAGUAUACUUAAGACCAUUGUGCAUUCAUUUUCCUCUUGUUUGAAGUACUGUAUUUUCAGUAAUGCAAGAUUGGCAAACUUUUGUGUAAAAUCCCUUUGUCAUUGUUUGUUCAGGCAUUGGGACUGGCCAUUUGUUGCUUGCAAGUUGAAACUACUUUCUCACUGAAUGACCUACAAUGACUGAUGAAGGAAUCAUUUGUCUCAAAUUUUUCUUAAAUAUCUGUAGCAGUACUGGUGUGUAAACAUAGACUAUUUUCAUCUUGGGCUGUGAUUUUUCUUUCAACUUAUUACUCAUGUAAGUCUUUGUAAAGAUGAAUAGGAAUAACAGUAACCUUCCAAGGAAUUUGCUAACUCUUGUUAAUAUUUUCAGUGAUUUUAAAGACUGAUGGAAAUAGGUUGUUAACCUUCAAAUCAAGUGAAUAUAGCAGGUUUAGAUUUUGAGUUUUUGUCUUCUUCAGUGUUUUUUUUAUUCUUUUGUGUGGAACUAUAACAACAUUUGAUUACUAGGAAAAUAACCCAAACACUAUUAUGUAUAUCUGCACAAUGCUAGACAAAGUUACAUUUGCACAAUACACCUGGUCUGUUGGUAUGCUUAAUGAUACACAUUGUAAUUAUCAGGUGGCACCAAUUAGAUAACCAAGCCUAAUGGUGUGAAGGAAACUAUAUACAUGAUUUGUAUACAGCUUUUUAACAUUUCACAAAAACUUAAUAUUAAACUUAAUAUUCUUUACCUAUUCAGUAAUCACAUGCGGUCUUUCAGUGGAUCUUUUGCAAGCAACAAGAAUGAUCAGUUGUCAUGGUUCAGUAUAACAGAUGUAUAGUAAUUGGUAGUCUUCCUUUACUUAAGUUAAUUUACAUAGUAUUCUUAAUUAAAAGUGUGGUUUCUAGUUUCCAUUGUAAUAGGUUCUGAAUCCAAAAUGGUUUUAUCAGAAUGAAUCUCAAGGUUUUUAAGUUUGUGUGCAGUUGAGUGUAGGAUAUGUACCAGAAGUGUGUGGUGUCAAGUGCGUAUGUACCAUGCGUUAUAAAAGGAAUGAAGUGCAUAAAGUGGCAAACAAAAUAAACUGAAUUAUGAAUCAAUUUAUAUGUGUAAUGACUUGUUUAUUUGUUCAUAAAACAUUUUAUGAAGCUAUUUAAAGUAUUGCAGUGUAUAGUACAUUUUGUGUGUUCUGAGCAACUAAUUGUGAUCAUUGUUCACAUAAAAUCAUGAGUAAUUUCAUUUUGACCGUCCAUUUAUUUUGAGUAGACAAAGUUUUUGUAUUUUUAUUAUAUAGAGCAUUAUAAUUGUGGGUGUCUGUGAUUAUGGUUUUAUGACCCUAAGAUGGGGUAUAAACCAUUAGGGUACAAUUAAUUUUAGUAAGUUCAAUAAUUCUUAAGUGUGCUUUGUGUUCUUAUCCUGGGGUAAUGAUAACUAACUUAUCUUGUGUGUUAUAUACAAAAAUGGAUUCAGAAAGUUAAAAGUUCAAUUGGACAUCACAACACGUAUUCACAAGAUAUGAAUACUUAUUGGUUAAUGUUAGCAGUAAUUUUUGUAUAUGUACUAUUAGAAGUAGAUUGCAAUGCAUUUGUCAAUCAAUUGAUGUGUAUUCAUAUGAAAUACAAAGUAUUUUCUUAUUAGAGACCAUGACUUUCAUAUGUAGAGACAAGCAAAUAAUAAUUCAUGAGGUCUUGUUCUUCUAAGGAGUGAGAGUUUUGUUUUCGGUCUUUUAAUUCCUAGUAUUCUUCCAGGAAUUUGCUUUUCUUUCAGCUGACAUCCGUGUAGGCUACAACUCCGUUGCAGAAUAGCGUUGAUAAUGUCUUCUGUAAGAAAAAAAAUUUAUUAUGGGCAUUUAGUCUCCUAUCCUACACUGAGAUUACAUGUUUGUGUAUGACUCAGUUAUUUUACAUUCUGUAUUUUAUGAAUAAUACAUGCUACUUAGUCAAAUAUUUGAAUAAUUCAAUAGUGGUUGUAUGUUUAUAGAAGACAGAAGGUACAUUGCUUCUCAUGCUGUCCUCACUACUACCCUUUCCCUCUGUGUCCUUCACUCAUUCUUUAUUUUAAUUAGGCUCUAUUGAGGCCCUGGUAUACUUGCUUUAAAUCUCAUGAUUGUAUAUCCUCUGCAUCGUCAGCUCCUCUUCACCUGAAUGUCAUUCAUGGCCUGUUUUAACUCCAGAUCAUGACUUCCUUACUCCUCUUGAUUCAUAAAUGUGCGUGACAUUGGAGCAUUUGGUAACAUUGUACUGAAAACCGCAUCUUCUCUUAUUGUAAGUUAUGCAGCAAUAGGUCUUUCCUGAGAAAGCUGUUAUUUGCCUUAUCAAGCACACUAAAAAUCCUCCAUCCUUAAAUAGUACCUGGCUGAGCAGGUGUAUUCAGCUGUUGGUACUGAUUAAGGAAUUCUCUUUUCUGCCAACAUACUCCUGCUGUUGAAGUUCUCAUCAUUUCCAGAAAACAUGUCGGAUACCUGAGCUAUGGGCAACAUUAAAGAAGUUUUCCUCCCAAGUCCUCCUCUCACAGGAAAUGGUUUAUGGAUUCUUUUGAACUAUACUUUCUUUUCGGUAGCUUGGACAAGAGAAGGAUUCCUUUAGUCUUGAGAACAGAUUUGAUCUAUAUAAAAACUUACUGUAUGAGAACCUCAAUACAGACUACUUUUAACGUAGUCUCCUGAGUCUUUGCUUCCACCAGUGUAUCAGUGAAUUGUCAUUUCAAGUUAUGCAAACCAGAAAUAUCAAUCAGUAGCUCUCUUGUUCCAGUUUUCAUGAUGGAAACCAAUCUGCUGGGUUCUUUGGGCAAUUUCAUAGGCAAGUAACUUCAGACUUGGGAGUUGACAGAAAGGAGAUACUUCUGUAUCCUGUUCAACUGUGAACUGUUAAAUCUGUGUCACCACAUCUAUAAGAAUCCACUGAUGGAGCUUGUACGAAAAAAUUAUUGUACAAAUUUUCUAUUCAUAGGGCUUUGCUUGCCAAGUUAGAAUGCAUGAAAUUGAGGCCUUGGCUACUUCAGCUUUAUUCUAAUAUGCUUGGUUAACCCAAUCUGUCAUCUUUUGAGUCGGACUAUACCAUGCUUGCUUGGAUAUUAAACUUAAUAAAGUCAGAAUUUUUUUUACAAAAACCUUUCCCCUGAAGAGGAUUACCUCACUCCCCUCCUACUUGCCUGAUAACCAUCAACUUGAGGGCUUAGCUUCAUACUGAAUAAGAUACCCAUAGGUAUACCUUACUUGGGAACAUCUCCACUUAGAAGAACAAACAAACCAUGGUAAAAUAGAGUUGUUCAUAGAAG